AUGUCCACCAACGGAGAUGACCCCAAAGACAAACUCCCCAUUGCCGCGCACGCCAUCUUCAAUCAGAUUGGCCUCGGGCUAGCCAAGCACCAACGCAUCACCUCGACCAUCUCCAAGCACCGCUCCAGCACAACCACCACCACCACCACCACUCAGGGGAUAGGGCGCGGCUUCUCCUCGCUGGCCACCACCGGCCACGCUCCAAAUGGCACCGAAAUCUCAACCCCACACCACUUCAACUCCCAAUCCAACGGCGGCAGCAGCGGCAGCGGCAGCGGGAUAGAAGACGAGCAGGACCUCUACUCGGCAUCGAGCAACGCAGGGCUAGGCUUCUCCCCAUCCCCCUCGCCCGCUUCCUCCUCCUCCUCCUCCAAGAACAACGGAGAAAGCAAAGACACAGCGGCAUUGCGGAGGAGAGUCCUAGGACGGAACGCGGCGCGCCAGGUUGCCGAGGCCAAGGCCAACAGGAAGAGGAUGGCGGAGGACAGCGAGAGCGAAGAGGAGGUGGGCAAGGGCUCGCUUGUCAAGGCUGGUGGGCGGGCGAGGGUCAAGGCUAAGCGGACGGAAGAGUACGGGAGGGAAGGAGAGGGAAAUGGCGUGGACGGUCCGGCGAGGAAGAAAGUUCGGGUUGGUGAGGUUCUGGCGGAGGAGGAGGAGGGGAAGGAGAUAGGGCCGGGUGCUGCAGCAGCAUCAGAGCUGAAUGGAAACGAAAGGGAUGAGGGAGAUGCUGAUGACACUAUGGGUGAUGCGGAUGCGAGCGUUGGGGUAGCGGAAGAAAACGAUGGGCACCGUGGAGCAGGGCAGGGACAGUUAGCUGCAGAGAAGAAGAUGAGGAAGAAGAACAAGAAGAACAAGAAGACCAAGAAGAAACAGGAAAGGGGGAAUGAUGGGAAGGUCGAGGUGGAGGGGAGUGAGAAACAAGAGGCCUCGAUGCUCUCUGAAUAUCCCCAAAGCAUGCCUCCUUUGAAAAUGGGUAUCCAAACAGGAAACAACAUCAUUGACAUCCUGCAGCCUAAGGCCUGA